AUGCAGCAUAUGUUGGAUGACAUCCAAGCAGGGACCUUUAUUAAUGUGCCCCAAGACAACAUUGUUGCGCCAAAUAGGCCACCAAUACCUGAAGAUUUACCAACAACUACUUUUGACAAGCUACUAGAUGAUGCCCGACGUCCUCUUUUCGAGGGGUGUACAAAAUUUACGAAGUUGUCAUUCAUUGUCAAGUUAUUACAUAUCAAAUCAAUCGGUGGAUGGUCAAUUAAGUCAUUUAACAUGCUACUUGAUCUGUUGCGGUCUGCCUUCCCUGAUGCACUCUUGCCACAAUCAUAUGAGGAGUCAAAGUCUUUGGAGCGCGGGUUGGGUUUCAAUUAUCACAAAAUCCAUGCAUGCCCCAACAACUGCAUCUUAUUCUGGAAGGAAAAUGCCUCACUUAAUGAAUGCCCUGUAUGUAAGACUUCGAGGUGGAUGCCAAAUACACACGAAUCACAAGUUAUACCUCAAAAAGUGUUGCGCCAUUUCCCGUUGAAACCGAGAUUGCAGCGUCUCUUUAUGUCUGCGAAGAUAGCAGGUGAUAUGAGAUGGCAUAAAGAUCAACGGUCGAUAGACGAUAUCAGCCUAAGACAUCCGGCUAACUCUAGGUAUUGGAAGAAAUUUAAAGAACAUCAUAGUUGGUUUGCUGCGGAUCCGUGCAAUGUUCGGCUCGGUUUGGCCUGUGAUGGCUUCACUCCCUUCAACAACUUGACUAAACCUCAUAGCAUUUGGCCAGUGAUCCUUAUCCCAUAUAACUUGCUACCAUGGUCAUGCAUGAAAGAUCAAUUCUUUAUGACAUCUUUGAUUAUUCCUGGUCCAAAGUCACCAAGGAAUGAGAUCGAUGUUUACUCGCAGCCGUUGCUCGAUGAACUGCUUGAACUUUGGGAAUAUGGGGUCCCUACAUAUGAUGCAGCAACUAAGGAGACGUUUAUGUUGCAUGUUGCAUUGUUGUGGACAAUAAAUGACUUCCCUACCUACGGGAAACUCUCUGGCUGGUCAACAAAGGGAAAAUUAGCUUGUCCAUCUUGUAAUGCUGACACAGACUCCAGUUGGUUGAAAUACGGUCGAAAACAUUGUUAUAUAGGACACCGCCGUUUCUUACAGCCAGAUCACAUGUGGAGAAGGAGGAAAGGGUUGUUCAAUGGCAAGGAAGAUCAUCGCAUGCCACCAAGGGAUAUAGGAGGAUACGAUAUUCUAGGUCAAUUGCAGAUGAUUGGGGAUGUUCAAUUUGGCAAAUCUCAUAGGAAGAGAAAAUGUACUGCUGAAGAGCUGAACUGGACAAAGUCUAGCAUAUUCUUCACGUUACCUUAUUGGUCAACACUUCGACUUCGACAUAAUUUAGAUGUUAUACAAAUUGAGAAGAAUAUUGCCGAAAACAUCUUAUUCACUUUAAUGAAUAGUCCAGGAAAAACUAAGGAUAAUAUCAAUUCAAGGCGUGAUCUUGAGAUUUUGGGCUAUAGAAAAGAAUUACAUUUGAGGCAUGAAGGUGAUUAUGUAACAAUGCCACAUGCACUGUACACAUUACACGGAGAUGAAAUGAAUAAAUUUUGUGAGUGGCUGUCCAAUAUCAAAUUCCCAGAUGGUUCUCUUCCAAUAUCUCGAACUGUGUUUCUCUACGUGAUUGCAAAAUCAGUGGGAUGA